AUGGCAGGCCCAGGAGCACAGUUCUCCAUGGAAGAUGAAAUGGAUCGCUUUGAAGCAGAGAUUGCUGGUCCAAGACUACCACUAUCUGCCAGCACAUACCAGCAGACCCAGGCUCAAUUGGAGAGACAGAUACCAGGCUUUAGACCGCCUCCUCCGCCUGCCUUCAUUCCCCAUCAACUGCAGCAGCGAUAUCCAUCUGCUGUAUUACCACAUGCUGGUCGAAUGUCUUUGACUGGUCGACUUCCACCCCCACCCCCUGGUAUUCGCCCCAUGGCCCCAGAGGGAAUGUCCUUCACACCUCCCCCUCCUCCACCUUCAGCUAACCUCACUCAUAAUGCUUAUGCAGCAUCUGCUUCUGCACUUCCAGGUGCAGAUCCUACACAACAGCCAGCAGGGAUGAUCACCACUGCUGUAGAUCCUAACAUGUCAAGAAUUACUGGCACUCCAAUUGUCAUUGUUGCACCUCCUCAAAAGUAUAAAAAGGAGAAGGAAAAGAUGCCAUUUUCUUCUGAUUCCUCUGCAAGUAUGAGUUCUAUUGCAACCAAGGCUUUUGUUACUAGGAUAACUCCUGCAGUCAGGAGUCAAGUCCCAGCAAAGACUCUGCAAACAAGACUGGAGAAGCAGGAGGAAAACAAGCCAAUGAGUUCUGCUGAUGCUUUCUCCAAGGCGAAAGAGAUGGCAAAUAAAGUCAAUGCUACUACUAUUGUGACUAAAAUACAUCAAAUCCCAAAGCAAGGAAAGAGGGAGAAGAAACCCAAGAAAAUUAUCAGAGUGGCUGGUGGGGAAGUGUGGGAAGAUUCUUCCUUGUUGGAGUGGGACCCAGAUGACUUCCGCUUGUUUUGUGGUGAUUUGGGCAAUGAUGUGAAUGAUGAUGUUUUAACCAGGGCUUUCAACAAGUAUUCCUCAUUUGUUAAAGCUAAAGUUGUGAAAGACAAGAGGACUGGUAAGACCAAGGGCUUUGGGUUUGUGAGUUUCAAGGACCCCAAAGACUAUGUUCGAGCCAUGCGCGAGAUGAAUGGAAAAUAUGUUGGAAGCAUCAAGAGGCCAACACCUGUUCAGGCCAACUGCAUACCUCCCAUCCUGGAGGGCAAAGAUUGCAUUGGGUGUGCCAAGACUGGAUCAGGGAAAACAUUGGCUUUUGCUCUUCCCAUCUUACAGAAUCUCUCCAAUGAUCCUUAUGGCAUCUUUGCUCUUGUCCUCACACCAACACGAGAACUUGCCUAUCAGAUUGCUGACCAGUUUCGAGUAUAUGGGAAGCCAGUUGGACUGAAGGAUGCUAUUAUAGUUGGAGGAAGAGACAUGGUUGAACAGGGUCUUGCCCUUUCCAGGAAUCCACAUAUUGUCAUUGCAACACCUGGCAGACUUGCUGAUCAUAUCAGUAGCUGUGAUACUUUUUCUCUCACCAAAAUUAAGUUCCUUGUGCUGGAUGAAGCAGAUCGGCUUUUUGAUGGCCAGUAUGAUGAGCAGUUGGAGAAGAUAUUCCAAGUUCUGCCAAAAUCUCGUCAGACAUUGCUGUUCAGUGCAACUUUGACAGACACCCUUCAGAAUCUGAGAACAGUUGCAACUAAAGAGCCUUUCUUCUGGGAAGAUAUUCAAGCAGUGAAGACAGUAGAGACCCUGAACCAGAAAUACAUUCUCUGUCCAUCUCAUGUAAAAGAUGGAUACCUUGUAUACAUCAUUAAGGAGUUUCGAGAGAAGAAUCCUACUGGUUCCAUUAUUGUGUUCACUGGUACAUGCAAAUCUUGCCAGAUCCUAUACCUUCUCCUGCACUCCCUCGGCUUCUCAUGCAGAUCAUUGAAUUCCAGGAUAAAGCAACGUGAGAGAUUGACUUCAAUUGCUAUGUUCAAGUCCACACGUGUCCAAAUUCUGGUUGCUACAGAUGUUGCCAGCAGAGGUUUGGAUAUACCAGAGGUAGAAUUGGUCUUGAACUACAAUGUCCCACCAGUUGCAAAGGAUUACAUCCAUCGGGUGGGACGAACGGGACGUGCUGGUCGGGGGGGACUAGCAGUGACACUCUUGUCACCUGAAGAAAUUCCUCUCCUCCAGGAAGUGGAGAAGGUCAUAAACACACGUAUCUCGGAACAGGCAUUCCCUGACAAAGAAGUGGUGAAGAUCUUGACCCAGGUUGCUGUCACUCGUCGUCAGUGCCAGAUCAAGCUGGAGGAGUCUGAGUUUGAGCUCAGCCAUCGGGUGAACAAGCGAAAGAAGCUCAUUCUGGAAGGGAAAGACCCUGAUGAGGAAGAGAGGAAAAAGUCACAGCGGAUGAAGCAGUGGCGAAAGCAGGGUCUCAAGGCAUCUCUGACUGCUAAGAGUUCAUGACUUACUUCAUUGUAACAGUAAUCCUUAUAAUAAAAGAGAACUUGCCUA